UCGACACGACCAACAUGGGCGACGUCACCGACUUCCUGUCGGGAAAAUUCGCCAAGCAAAACGGAGAGCCAGCAAACGAGUACGCCGUCGUCAGCGACUUCACGCGGCUGACUUCGACUCACGCUCACAAAGGGAACAUUUGUUCUCAUGUCUUCCACACGUACAACGGCAGACUCAUGUACAGCCUGGCGUACAACACGUACUACAUGACGAGUGCCACGGCCGCGGAGUACGUCAGGAUCAUCGCUGACGUCAUGCAAUCCCUCCUCUGAUGCCAUAGGCUACGUCAGGAUCAUCGCUGACGUCAUACAAUCCCUCCUCUUAUGCCAUAGACUACGUCAGGAUCAUCGCUGACGUCAUACAAUCCCUCCUCUGAUGCCAUAGACUACGUCAGGAUCAUCGCUGACGUCAUGCUAUCCCUCCUCAUAGUUGUUACCCUCAUAUUCGGGCUGAUGAUGGAGGUGCUCAAAGUGAAAACGCUAUACCUGAGUAAACUUAGUGAUCGGAUUCACUAUUUCAGAACUCCAGUCUUAGUCAUUUGGUAGACGGAGUGGCAUAAAACUUUAUGGGUAAAGUUCGUUCAAGAUUUACUGGAAAUUUUCAUGUCCGUUAAGCUGAUUAAGUUGCCUUAAAAAUGUAAUUGCCGCUUUUUCUCUUCAGUUCGCUUGAUCAAAAAUUAGAGAUUUCGCCUAUUGUUGCACAAAUUAAUUGCGAUUCUACUCUUCCAUUUUGUUUAUUUAUAAUUUCACGAAAUAAUUAUAGAUUACUAAAAUAGGUGUUGACAUAUGUUAUGGAUUAAUUUGCGUGGUUCAUAUGUACAUUUUCAAGGGUUGUGCUGUCUCAAUAUAUAUGAGUAUAUAAAAUACCACCAAUUAAGAAUGGUUUCAUAAUUUUCCUCAAAUGUUUCUUAAAAUCAUGAUCUGAAGCUUCCAUUUGAACGAAAAUAAGUGAAUGAUUUGCAAAAUAAAACGUUAACUAAAUGGACUCCUAGCUCAGUGAAAACUUAAAUAACGUUGAUUAAAACCCGUAGCAUCA